AGGACUGCAGAUGUUGUCGACUUCCAGAUGCGAUUCGCGGAUAAACAAAACAGCGGACGGCAAGUUCGCGAAUGACGAGGGACGCCGUAUCUCGUUCCGCCCCCAACCAUCCCACAACCCCGACCCCUAUAAAAAACCGCGCUCCGAUAAUCUUCCUCGCAGGAGGCAGGCUGGUGGUUGUCAGCAAGGUGAUCACCGGUCGGGCUGCCAGACUUUAGACUCUCUCUCUCUAAGAUCCCGUCGCGACGCGGCCCGAGUCCACCCUGCCGCUACAACUGCUCCUGCUGCCGCCACUUGACCCGGGAGCUGGUGGCGAUCGGCACGGAGAGAGAGGAAGAGAGGAAGCCAGAGCCCGGGACACGACGCAGGCGCCAUGAAGGACUCGCUGAAGCAGAGGCACGCGGCCGGCUCGAACGGGGCGACACCGCGAAGCGGCCCCUCCCGAGGCUCCAUCACCUCGAAGAGCAGCAGCAGCAGCAGCGGGGGGGGCAGCAACACUAUGCGACUCAAGCAAGAGGUGGGCCUGAUGAGCGGCAUCAGCCUGAUCGUGGGCACGAUGAUCGGCUCGGGGAUCUUCAUCUCGCCCAAGUCGGUACUCGAGAACGUCGGCGCCGUGGGGCCCAGCCUCAUCAUCUGGAUGGCGUGCGGAGUCCUCGCCACUCUCGGCGCGCUGGCGUACGCCGAGCUGGGCACGAUGAUCACUAAGUCGGGCGCCGAGUACCCGUACCUGCUGGAGGCGUUCGGGCCCAUCCCGGCGUUCCUCUACUCGUGGGCGUCCGUCAUCGUGCUCAAGCCGUCCUCCUUCGCCAUCAUCUGCCUCAGCUUCGCCGAGUACACGUCCACGCCCUUCUACCCGGGCUGCGAGCCGCCAAUGCUCGUCAAGAAGUGCCUGGCCGCCGCUGCCAUCUUGCUCAUCUGCAUCAUCAACUCGGUGAGCGUGAAACUGGCCUCGUACGUCCAGAACUUCUUCACCGUCGCCAAGCUGCUGAUCGUGGUCGUCAUCAUCGUCACAGGCAUCGUGCUGCUUGCCCAGGGACACACGACGAAUCUCCAGAACAGCUUUGAAGGACAACAGAUAUCGUUCGGCUCAAUCGGGGUCGCCUUCUACAAUGGCCUGUGGGCCUACGACGGCUGGAACCAGCUGAACUUCGUGACCGAAGAGCUGAAGAAUCCCUUCAGAAACCUGCCUCUGUCCAUCAUCAUCGGCAUUCCGUUCGUCACCGUGUGCUACAUCCUCAUGAACAUCGCCUACCUCACCACCAUGACGGCCAUCGAGCUGCUGCAGUCGCCCGCCGUCGCCGUCACGUUUGCUGACCGCACGCUGGGCGUCAUGUCCUGGAUCGUGCCGCUGGCGGUCGCCUUCUCCACGUUCGGCGCUGCCAACGGAUCGUGCUUCACGGCCGGACGGCUGACCUACGUGGCGGCGCGCGAGGGUCACAUGCUCGAGGUUCUGUCGUUCAUCAACGUGCGGCGCCUCACCCCGUCGCCCGCCAUCGUCUUCAACGGCAUCCUGGCGAUAAUUUACAUCAUCCCAGCGGACAUCAACACGCUCAUCAACUUCUUCAGCUUCGCCGUGUGGAUCUUCUACGGCCUCACCAUGCUCUCCUUCAUCGUGAUGCGCUUCACUCGCAAGGAGCUUCAUCGACCCGUCAGGGUCCCCGUGGUGAUCCCGGCGCUGGUGAUGGUCGUGUCCGUGUACCUCGUUUUCGCGCCCAUCAUCGACCUGCCCGAAUGGGAGUACCUCUACUGCGCCAUCUUCAUCCUGGGCGGUCUCAUCUUCUACCUGCCCUUCGUCCACUUCAAGCUGAAGAUCGGAUUCAUAUCAACGCUGACCAAGCACAUGCAGCUGCUGCUGGAGGUGUCCCCCCCGGAGCAGUCCCCCGAGUGAGCGGCGCGACACCCGCAGCGGCCUCCGCUGUCUCCACGGCUGCCCCCCAAUGUCGUGGCCGCUUGGAGCAGGGCCCACCAGCUGCCGAGGUCACCGCCCACCCACGACGACCACCGCCGCUCGCCACCACGACCGUUCGGGUCGCCACCUGUGCUGAUUUUCCCAGGAGCGUCCGUCUUCUUUUCGAGGCAGCUGCUGUCCCAGGAAAUCUGUAAAUCUUUCCGGGACGUUAAAGAACCGUUCUUCUUCAGUGACGUAACAACAGCAAUAUGAGUAAUACACCACUGCGAGACGAUGCCUUUGCGUGUGGUUCUCCACUCUUCCGCUACUGUGAGAUAUUCUUCUGCCCAUGAUUAGUCCUCGUUUUGUUUGUACCUCAGAGGAGGUGACCCGUGGGCCACACCGACUCCACCAGCCGUGGCUUCACCAGCCCAGGUUUACAUUUUGCGACGCCGCGCGGAGACAAUGAAACUCAGCUUCCGGGUGUGCGUGCACCAUUAAAAAAAAAAACGAUUAAACUACUUUGUUUGUUUGACCAGGUAAGGCCCACUGAGCUACGUAGCUCUUUUU